ACCGAUGUGAAGUGCGAAAGGACUGUUUCUGAAGCUGUAGAGACUUUAGUUUCAAAGUGCCUAAUUAGUAUGCUGGGAUUUGUUUACUUAGUUCUAAUACUGGGCUGGAUAUUGAUUGUCUUAUUUCUAAAGUGCAAGAAAACAAUCACACCACAUUUUGCUUUCACCGAUAAUUACACCGACGCUAUUGGAACAGGUCGACGUCCUUCAAUUCACGUUAUACAAUUACAAUCGGACGACAUCGAAAGCGAAAAUCGUUUAAUGGAUUCUUAUCAUCAAAAUAGUCAAAGUCUAAGACGACACUCACAUAGAUCACAGCGUUCAACCAUUGAAGAGCGAACCAUCGAAACGGCGACAUAUCCAACAGAUGCAGUUAUUAAUCCUGCCUACACACAUGAUGAGGAAUACAUUAUCAAUGCACCACCACCCUCUUAUGAAGAAGUAAUGCGUCAACCGGAAGUGUAUCCAAAGGUUCAUCAGACCUCAAAAAGCAGUGAAGCCAAUAUAUAAAAAUAGAACUCAUUUCUAAAAUGUAAAAUGUAAUUUUUAUAAUGUAUCCAAAAGGAGGUUUUCAAAAUUUUAUAAUCGAUUAAUAUUUUUAUAAAGGAACUUUUGUUAGUGUAUUUCUAAUUGUGAACUGUGAUUCUAUAUGAUAAAAUUGUUAACAAGCAGAAAAUACUAUUUGUUAAUUUUAAAUAAAUUACGCUCAUAUUUUU